AUGGGCGUUUCUGUUAACUCGUGCGACUCACCUCUAGCAUUACCCAGUGCUAGAAGUCUACCAACUACGAAAGAGAAUAAUCAUCCACCACGAUGGCGUCCUGAUACUGCAAGUGACGCGUGUUUGUGCUGUGGGAACAACUUUUCCAUUUGGACGCGGCGUCGUCACCAUUGUCGCGCUUGUGGAGAGCUCGUGUGCGGUGAGUGUUCCCCAUUCCAUGUUCAACUACCUGAACUUGGCUACAAAGGUCGUGUUCGUGUUUGCACCCAUUGCAAUGCACUUGCCGAGUCUUCACUUAACUCUUCCGCCUCUACGGACUCUUUAACUGGUCUUGAGUCAGCUGCUGCAUCUAGUGAAUCCUCGGACAAUGAACAACUUGGUGACGUUGAAGAAGAACUCAUUGUUGCGGCGGUGGAUUUGUUGGCGCUUACAUCGCGAAAUAAGUGCUCAAAAGUACAGUAUCAAUACUUUGUGCAAUCCGAAGCUGUAAGUUGGCUCAUGGAUGCAGGCAUCAUGUCUAGUCGCACUGGAUGUGCCGCUCUUUUCUUGCGUCUUGUGGAUUAUGGUUACGUGACGCUUAAGCCAUGGAAUGGCUCAGGUCGUAGCGCUUUUUACAUUCUCGCAGAAGAAUUAACGCUCGAAAAUCGCAUGUCGCGCUAUGACACUGCUAUUCACUCGGAGACGAGCAAGUGCAACAAUUGCGCACAAUCCUUUCAAAAAGCUUUUACACCCGCGGAUGGGUUUUGCUCCAUCGACUGCAAAACCAAUGCGCUCAUUAGCCAGUCGGACUCGGCUCGAAUUCGCAGCUUUUGCAAUUAA